AUGACCUGCCUCCACAAAAAAUUCCUUCAAGAUCAUCCAGACAACACCAUCUCCUUUGCCCAGUUCUGCAAACUGCGCCCCUUCUGGAUCACUGCCCCAAAAUCUUCAGAAAGAGAGACAUGUGCCUGCAAGAUACAUGAGAAUUUCAAAUUCAAAGUAAUGAAAUUGCACCAAAGUGGAAUCACUCCAAUGAAAACCCCCACCGAUGUAGUUGCCAGAACCGUCUGUGCUAUAAGCAACAAGCUGUGUAUGUAUGGCCAGUGCACUGACUGCACUCAGAAAAAAAAGCCUGACCUCAAUCUGGACCCCUCCACAAAAAACAACACGGUGACCUUUGAGGAAUGGAUGACGAGGACUGUGCCAAUAACAAGAAAAAAUCAAGAUGGCUCUUCAUAUGAAGUGGAAAUGCGAUCCACAGUACUGGACAAAAGAAGCACAACCAUUGAGAAGCUGGUGGAGAUGGUGUACGACGACCUACCCAAGUUCUGUAUCCAUAUUUAUAACAUUUCCCAUCAAUUUGAAAGGCUGCACUACCUCAAAAACACCCUGACCAAUGCAGAAACAGUCAUACACAUUGACUACAGUGAAAAUUACGCGUGUAAAUACGCCACUGAAAUACAAGACAUGCAUUUUGCUCCAGGAAAGCAGCAAGUGAGCCUCCACACAGGAGUCAGAUACUUGAGUGGUGGGAGAGUGGAGUGCUUCUGCUCUGUGUCCUCAUGUGUACGACAUGACGCUUGUGCUACAUGGGCUCACUUAGAGCCAGUGCUGAAAAAGCUGAGGGAUGAACACCCUGAAGUCAACACUAUCCACUUCAUGUCUGAUGGCCCUACGUCCCAAUAUAGAAACAAGACCAACUUUUAUCUAACAUCGUCGGUGCCUUUUCUGAUGGGAUUCCAACAUGUCACCUGGAAUUUUAGCGAAGCCUCUCAUGGCAAAGGAGCUCCUGACGGUAUUGAAAAAGAACAGUUUGAGGUUGAUGCCAUGUACUCUGCAGGCCCUCAUUAUCAUGCCCAUCAUCAUUGUCCGCCGGUCUCAGAGCGCAGUCCCAGAGACUCACAGGUGUGUCAGACAUCUCCCUUGGACAUUCCACUGCACCUGUUCUUGUCGGAUUACAGAAGGAGGGUUCCAUGCUGUGUUACGGAUGUGCGAGGAAGCCUUACUAAGAUGCUGAGUGCCGAGUGCCUGAGGGAUGUGGUCCAAGACAUGACUGUUGCUAUGACAGUCUGCAUCCUCAGCAAAUGCAGCAUCCAGCCCUUGCUAUGCCUGUUGUACCUGUCUGAGAUCUGA